UUUUCAAUUCAGUUACUGAUUGACUUUCAAGACGGUCGUUUGUCUGUUUUUUUUACCUGAUCCUAACGAUAUGUCUCAGCCCAAGCCGAUAUUGUAUUACGACGAGCGCAGUCCGCCGGUCCGCAGUUGUCUUAUGCUAAUCAAAUUGCUCGAUAUAGAUGUCGAGCUCAGGUUUGUGAAUCUCUUCAAGGGCGAGCAAUUCCAGAAAGAUUUCUUAGCGUUGAAUCCCCAGCACAGUGUUCCCACUUUAGUCCACGGUGAUCUGGUGCUGACGGACAGUCAUGCUAUACUCAUUCACCUGGCGGAGAAGUUCGACGAGGGCGGUAGUUUGUGGCCCCAGGAGCACGCAGAACGGAUGAAGGUCCUGAACCUCCUGCUCUUCGAGUGCUCCUUUUUUUUCCGACGUGACAGUGAUUUUAUGGUGAGUGUUUCGCAACUAAAACUAGGUGUUUACAUAUUUGGUUUUUAUUUUUCCCAGUCGGCGAUUGUCCGCCAGGGAUUCGCCCAUGUCGAUGUGGCACAUCAUGAACGCAAGCUGACCGAGGCGUAUACUAUCAUGGAGCGCUACCUGGAAAAUAGCGAUUUUAUGGCCGGGCCACAGCUGACGCUCGCCGACUUAUCCAUCGUGACCACAUUGAGCACCGUCAAUCUCAUGUUUCCCCUGUCGCAGUUCCCACGUCUGCGGCGCUGGUUCACCGCGAUGCAGCAGCUGGAUGCCUACGAGGCCAACUGCAGUGGCUUGGCGAAGCUCCGCCAAACGAUGGAGAGCGUCGGUAGCUUUCAGUUCCCAUCCUCAAACGCGGUAGUCACCGAGAAGGUGGAGUAGCACUGGUUAUCAAAAGGCUUGUUUAAUUAAGCAUUGAAUCUGAUUUAAUUUGAUGGUUGCGCCGCACGUGUGGAUUUUUAAUCUCUUACAUUUCUAUAAAUUGAAAAACAUUGUUUAAGUUACAAUUAGUUUAUAUAUAUAUAUAUAUAGCACCUAUUAAAAUUUAAAUUCAAAGAUAAAUAAACCGAUGCAUGCCACAUAAUAAUUUUCCAAGAAUACAAAUAAUUUCGGCAAAUUUCUCCUUUGAAAGUGUAAACUACUAAUGGGUAAACGGAUAUCUAGCCAUCCAACCCUUUUACGUGGUUAAGCAGCCAAUGUAUAUAUUUGCUCUGGUGUAGGGAAAAUAUAUGUAUUUGUAAUUUCGCCAAAUUCAAAGUAAAUUAGCGGUUGGCCGCGACCCUUAAGCAAGCUCAUUAACAUAUAUGCGAGUGGAUGACCCGUGUUUACCUCGAAAAACGCAGGCAAAUAUUUGACUGCUCCGGACGUUUGCGCCC